UGAAUACCGCCGCGGCGACGCGUCGGCUCACACACACGCGCUGAUAGCGCUGCGAGACCGCUGUCGGCAGCAAAAAAAAAAGCGCUGCCGCCGCGCGCGCCGCUGCACAAGCAACCACAAGCACACACGUGAGCGCUGCCGCGCGACGCGAAGCGCCAUGUGCCCGCCGAGCGCCCCGAGCCCGCGGCUCGACCCGCCGCCGCCGCCGUCGCCUAGAUUAGCCGAGGCCGUCACGGAUGAAUUAGAUAAGGCCGCCGCGCGCGCCUACCGCCUCCAGUACCAGAGCUACAGGAGAGGCUCGGCGACGGGUGUGAUCGGCGAGGCCCCCGACGAUCCCAGACGACAACUCGCCUUGGACGAAGACGAGGAAGACAGCGGCCACGCCUCGACUUCGGAGGCUGCCGAGGUCGCGUUCAACGAGCUCUUGGAGUGGCGCCUCGAGUACCAGGCCUACCGCGCCGGCGCCGCCAAGGGCGCCAAAGGAAGAGCCUCCGGCAAGAAAUGGCCGCUGGAGACGCUGCGGAUGCUGCCCGUCGCUCGGUUGGCCGCGCACGUGCGGACGCAACGCAAACAGCUGGCCUCAGCCAAGUCGUGUAUUCAUGCGCAUGUGGGUUGUGGGAGGUUAGGUCUUGGUCUAGUAGUGCCUUCGCUCGCGAAGGGCUGCGACAAAAUUAUUUUAGUGCAGCGGCCCUCGGCCGCGUGGACUCUGAACGAGAAGGUGCUGGAAGAUGGUUCUCAAAUCGCCUGCUGCGUCAAUUCCCAUAAAGUGCUGACGCUAGAGGUUUGUUCUGCUGCAGAUGCGGACGUCGCCGAACGGCUCUCGAAAUCAGAACACGGGCUCCUGUUACUUUCCACAUCACAAAAACACAUGGACGCCGUCGCAUCGGUAGCGACGUCGAGUUCCGUAUCCCUAGGACCGGCCCUCGCCAAAGGCCUAGAACCUCUAGCAGCGGCGCUGCGGAGGAAGGGCUCGUGCCUCGUUUGCUACGCGGCGGAAAAUGACCACGACGCGGUGGAAAGGUACGCGAAGACCGACGUGCCUUUCCGGCUCGUGCCUCUGUUGGUCGAUCGGGUCUGCACGGGACGGGAGUUGACACAGAGUGAGACGGGGUAUGUAGUUGAUACAACUACAGAACCGUGGCGCGGGGAAAUAGUCGUCAUGCGCGGCGAGGACGACGUAGACGAUGGCGGCGCGUUCCCCUUCGGCGGUGAAGGGGUGUAUAGACCACCCUCAGCAGCUGCAGCCCAGUUCCUGCACCGGCGCAAAAUACUAACCGUGAACGGGACGCAUACGACGUUAGCAUUUUUAACACUAGCGGCGAAGGAGCCGCCGCCCCACAAGGGUUUACCGAAAGGCGACUAUGAAUUGGUAAGGUGCAUCGCCGACGAGAAUGAUGAUGAUUUCUUAGAUGCGGAGGAGGCGUACCGCCAAGUUUGGUGCUUCGCGGUCGCGCGCCAACUGCUCUUAUUGUUCGAGAGCGACGUCGAGGUCGCCGAGGCCGCUCUCGCGGAAUGCGACGACGACGCUUCCUCAGAGGUGAAACGGGAAGCUCUAGUGGAGGCGCUCCUGUCGAACGCGCGGGCGGCCAUCGAGCGGUUGGGGCGGGGCGGCGAUUUGACGUCAAGGGUCUUGGGUGCCGGCGUCGUCAAGCGCUACGAGGGCCGUUUAUUACCUGUCGCCAAGUUUCUCGAAUGCGCGGCGUUGGCGCGAAGCUUCAUGAAGACGCCGCUCGCGCGUCUUUUGUUGAGGAAGGCGAGGCUCACGGAAACCACUUUGAGAUUAACGGUGCUGGGCCUGACGGCCGACGCCGCUAGAUUCGCCGAAAAAACGCCGGACACGUCGACCCCCAAAACGCCGCCCCAGUCGCCGCGAAAAGCACCAAAGCCGCCGACGCCGCUCUCCGCGAAGCGGCGCAUCCAGUCCUCGACAAACCUCUUCGGGAUGGUCCCCCGGUGAGCGCGCGAGCGCUCCCCUUGUAAUAUACAUAUGUUUUAAAAGGACUGACGGGGGCGCGAGUCGGGAGCGGUACGUACGCAGACGUACCGCCCCGUCACGGGGCGCCUCGCCACCAA